CUGAUGAACCCACAAUUCAAGCUGGAGAAACUACAUCUGAGUGAUUGCAGUAUUACAAAGAAACAGAGUCUCAUCCUGACUUCAGCUCUGAAAUCAAACCCGUCACACCUGAGAGAUCUGGACCUGAGCAGGAAUGAUCUAGGAAGCUCAGGAGUGAAGCACUUAUGUGCCGUACUGAAGGGUUCACACUGUAAACUGGAGAGAUUGAGGUUAAGCUACUGUUAUAUGACAGAUGAAGGUUGUUCUGAUGUGACUUCAGCUCUGAAAUCAAACCCGGCGUCACACCUGAGAGAGCUGGACCUG